AUGGAGUCUUAUUCACAACUACGGUUGUCCCUGAAGAAGUGUGGUUCGUUGUGCUGUUCUGAGGACUUGCUAGAUAGGAUAUUCCGUCUUUUCGACGUGGAGCGAAAAGACCACCUCGUGCAGGAAGAUUGGAUCGAGUUCCUCAAGGAGAGGCUGCCCGAGGACAAGCAGCUGGACUUCGUGGAGCAAGUUGAGAGCGUCGCCUACGUUCUGUGCGGGGACGGUGUCAUAUCCCAGGACACCUUUAGACCGAUAUUGCAGAACAAAGUGGUCACGAACAAGCUGUUUCGGCUCGUGGACACCGAUGACGACGGUUACGUGACAGCCGACGACAUCAUGGAGUUCAUCGCCACAGUCUCCAGCAGCAGACCCCGCGUCGGCAUCGACAAGCCCAGUGUUGAUCGGUUGGAGCAAUUGUUCAGACAGACUGUUGGAGACCAGAAGGAAAUCACCAGAGAGCAGUUCCAGAAAAUCGUUGUGUCAAAAAACCCUUUCUUCACGGAGCGCGUGUUCCAAAUCUUCGACGAGGACAACUCCGGUACAAUAUCUCACCACGAGUUCAUUGCGGCUGUCCAUCGGUUUGGACGGCAGACGCCCGAGGACAAGAUCAAGUUCCUGUUCAGGGUCUACGAUUUGGAUGGCGAUGGCUUGAUCCAACAUCGGGAGCUGCAGCACGUGAUGCGCGCCUGCAUGGAGGAGAACGGGAUGUCGUUCAGCGACGACCAGCUGUUGGAGCUGACGGGUGCCAUGUUCGAGGAUGCGGAUGUGGAACAACGCGGCGCCAUCACCUACGAGGCUCUGAGAGACCAGCUGAGCAAGCACGGUGGGCUGCUGGAGAAUCUGUCCAUUAGCAUAGACCGAUGGCUGGUGCCACCACCGCCAGACCCACAGCCGACCUCUCUCCUCCAGAGGCUGCACAGGAUGAAGCCCUACCAGCUGUCCUGGCCCUACUUUAAGAACAACCAGGUGUUCCUGGGCUACUUGGGGCUGUUCUUCCUCGUUAACCUGGGGCUGUUCGCCGCCAGGUGCGUGGAGUACAGGAACGCGAACGGAUUCGUUAUGUUCGCGAGAGCUUGCGGUCAGUGUCUGAACUUCAACUGCUCCUGGGUGCUAGUACUGAUGCUGCGGAACUGCAUCACAGCCCUCAGGGUGCGGGGGCUGGGGUCCUUCCUGCCUCUCGACCACCACAUCUAUCUGCACAAACUGACGGGGGUCCUAAUAAUUAUAUACAGCAUCGUUCACACUAUAAUGCAUUUGUGUAACUUCAGUCUGAUUGUCGUGAACGAUCCGAUACUCAAUGCGAAGAACUACACUGUGUGGGAGUGGGUGGGCACAAGCCGCCCAGGGCUCUUUGGGCUGGUGGGUGGUGCCGCCAACCCCACGGGGCUGGCCCUCGUGGUGAUACUCUUUGUCCUGACUACGUGCAGCCGGCCUGCCGUCAGGAGAGGGGGCAGCUUUGAGGUUUUCUACUGGACACAUUUGCUGUACAUUCCAUUCUGGAUUCUGGUGAUAUUCCACGCCCCCAACUUCUGGAAAUGGUUCAUCUUGCCCGGCGGUAUUUACAUCAUCGAGCGGAUAAUGCGUCUGGCUUGGAUGAGGUCCGAGCGCGGCAAGACGUACAUCUCUACCGGGAUCCUGCUGCCCUCGCGCGUGACGCACCUGGUCAUCCGAAGGCCGCCGCUCUUCGACUUCCACGCGGGCGACUACGUGUUCGUGAACGUGCCCGCCAUCGCCACCUACGAGUGGCACCCGUUCACCAUCAGCAGCGCACCGGAACAGGAAGACUACCUGUGGCUACACGUCCGAGGAGUGGGCGAGUGGACUAAUCGGCUGCACGCCUAUUUCGAGCGCGAGCAUCGGCGGCUCAACGCGCCCGAAGCCCACGCCCAAGCCCACGAGAAACUGAAUCGCAGCAUCUCCAAUCAGAGCAAGCACAGUAUUCGUCGCGGUUCGUCCAGCAGUGGGAAAGGAAAACGCUCCGUGGACUUCUCCCCCGCAUCUUACACCAACGACGCCUUCUGUAUCGACGAGGAGAUUGAACAAGUUGCGCCCAAAGCACUGUCUCCACAAGUUCGCAUGUCGCGAACAGCUGCCCUCCUGUCCCCACUGCGCUUAUUGGAGAAGUCGCGCUCGAUGCCGGACAUGCACAACAAUAUAAAGAAACAACGUCAGCAGGCGCUCCGAGACUACACCCGCUCGGAGUCGGAGCUGGGGUUCGAUUCCCGCGAGCUGAGGCGCGCGCGGCUGCGCUCGUUCGCGCGCUCGCCCCAGCACAGGGCGCUGGCGCACAGCUUCCGCUACAUGCGCAACAAGCCGCCCAUCGUCGCCUUCAAGACGCCCAGCCUCGAGGACUGCGAGCGGAGGCGCUCCAACGACAGCAUACUCACCAUCGCGAGAAGGCGCCUCUCCAAAAGCCUGUCUCCAGACAAAGACACGGAGGCGCAAAACGAGAAGUCAAACAAAGCCGCUAUCUGCGCAUCAGAUGCGACGCAUGAUGACGUCAUUGACGACUAUCCCAUUGGGAAGCCAUUGGAGAUCUACCUGGACGGUCCGUACGGGGCGGCGUCCUCGCACAUCUUCAGGGCAGAGCACGCGGCGCUGAUAGCGGCCGGCAUCGGGGUGACCCCCUUCGCGUCCAUCCUUCAGAGCAUCAUGCACCGGCACUGGGCCGCGAGGAACCUCUGCCCCCGCUGCGGCCACACUUGGCCGAGCGCCAUGCCACACGGCAACAUGAGCCUCAAGAAGGUGGACUUCUUCUGGAUAAACCGGGAGCAGCGCUCGUUCGAGUGGUUUGUGUCGCUGCUCUCGCAGCUGGAGAUGGAGCAGGCGGAGCUGGGUGCCGAUCGCAGGUUCCUCGAGAUGCACAUGUACAUCACCAGCGCCCUGCAGAGGCAUGACAUGCGCGCGGUGGGACUCCAGCUGGCUCUUGACCUGCUGCAUGAGAAGGAGAAACGCGACCUGAUCACGGGGCUGAAGACCCGUACAAAUGCCGGGCGGCCGAACUGGGACAAGGUGUUCCAGCGGCUACAAGCGCAGAGGCGCGGGAAAGUCACCGUCUUCUACUGCGGUCCGCCGCGGCUGGCACGCGCGCUUCGGCUGCGCUGCGACCGCUUCGGCUUCCACUUCCGCAAGGAGGUCUUC